AUGCCGGCGAGAGUUGGAGCCUCGUCCUCCUCCGAGUCGAGCGAAGAUGAUACGCCUCGUCCCGCGCGCAGCCAUCUCGCCGCAAGAGACAAAGGCAAAGGUCGCGAUGUAUCUAUUGGAAAGCGGAAGCGUACAGAUGCGGAAAAUGGGGGGCAUGCAUCCCGUCGCCGAGCCACGCGCUCCGUCGAAAGAGAAGAAGAAUACGACUCCGAUAUCUAUGACCCAGACCAACCGAUGGAAGAGCGUCGAGAGAUUCAACGCAAGCUGCGUGACCUUCAAAAGGGCAUCACCGACAAUAUGGAGGAGUACAUGCUGCCGGGCUCGACGGGUCUAAAAGAUACCUUGAUGAUGGCCCAGCGUGUCGCCAAAGGUGUCAAGCAGACGACGGAAGCAACAAUAGACUCUCGCCUGCUCGUCAGUGCCGUCGAUAUGUCAUAUCGGAAAACUGUCAGGUUGAUGCAGGGAAGUUCUACUGAGGGUAUUGAUGUGGAUGAGUUCGUCUCCAAGUGCUGCACCUAUAUGCGGCAAGCCGGUGGAAUCGCAGACGACGAGGCGCCAGAGCUAUCGGGUACACAAAGACGGAGGCGCCGCACCAAUGGGAACUCCAACGAUGACGAGGACGAAGGCAACGAUGAGGCAUUCAACUGGAGUCAUCUUGGACGGUUCGCAUCACUGCCAAAUGUUCGUCGGCCAGCCCUACCCGGUUUUCUUCUUGGGCCCUUGUCCGUUGAGAAGAAAAUCCGCAGGAUAUCGAAGCGUACCGCCCCUUUCAGACCCAAUAACCUUGAAGAGACAAGGCCUGAGGUGUUGAAUGUUGAAGACCUUGCCAAGAAGGAGAAUGAUCUCACCGCUAUUUGCGGUAAGAUUCUCAAGCAGCUGGACAAGGUGCAGACCAGCAUUCAGACGGAACUCUCCGAAAUAUUUGAGAACAAUAGCGACAUGGACGAGGCCGAACAAGUUCAACUUAUGCAGAAAUAUGGCCUUCGGGAUACAGGCGGUGUUGACCUCCUUCGUUUCGUUGUCAACCCCAAGUCCUUCGGCCAAACGGUCGAAAACAUGUUCUACGUCAGUUUCCUCAUUCGCGAUGGAAAAGUCGGCAUAGAGUUUGACAGCGACGAGUAUCCCUCUCUCAACCCCAUUAGCAACGGAGACACGAAUGAGGAUGGCACGGUCAAGCGUGAGACAGCGAAGCAGCAAGCAAUCUUUUCCAUGGACAUGCAGACAUGGCAAGAUAUCAUUGACACUUUUGGGAUCGAGGAGCCGAUGAUUACCCAUCGGAAAGAGGCAACAGCGCAAGGUCCUGGAGCCCGGGGAUGGUACAGCUAG